AUGGAGAAUAGUAAAGUUAAACCCAAAACUUUGAAAAGACUUGGAGUAACAUUGGCACAUUUAGACAAUACUUUAUUUCCCUCCUCAACCAAUUUAGUUUCUUCCAUUUCAAGACCUAAUCCAAAUCAACUAUUGUAUAAUGAUAUCAAUGACCCAUUACUUGAAUGUGAAAACCAAAAUGAUUCCAUUCUAUAUAGAGUUUAUCAAGGUAGUGGUUGUUUAAAAGUAAUCUUAAAUUUUAAAGAAAAGAAUACAAUAAUAUUGAAUGAAGAUAUUGGAAAUAUUUUAAAAAAGUUUAGAAAUGAUCCAAAUGUAUCAUUUCUAUUAUUGGUAUCAAACUUUUCCAAAGACCAUCAUCAUCGUGAUGACCAGAGACGUGGUAGAUUAAGUGGAAUGAUUCGAUGGACAGGAUUUACCAAACCAAUUGUAGUAGUUAUUAAUGAUCAAAUAACACGUGACAAUAUCGAAAUGUUGUUACCUGGCUUUGCACCGGCACUGGUUGUAGUGACUGAAAAGGCAAGUUGUCAAAUGCAUGUUCCACAAUCGAUUGUAAAUGAUUACACUUCUUGGAAAGUAUGCAAAACACUUUGUAAAUAUGGUAGUAUUGGUCUCUAUUUGGCAAUGACUGGUGUGGAUGGAUCACCUAGUUUAACGGCCCGAGAUAUGGUAGGCAUUGGUUUGGCAACACAUUUCGUAACAUCAUCUGCAUUGGAUCAAAUGUAUAUACAUUUGACUCAAACUCUAUACUCUACCAUUGUCCAUGAACCAAUUGAAGAUAUCGUCUCUUUUUAUCGUAGUAAUGAUCAUACCAAAUAUUGUAUAAAGUCAACAAAGUCGUCAUCUUUGUCAGCGUCAUUUGAAACACCUAUAGAAUGGUUGAUCUCUCAACCUGCACUCUACCAAUGUUUUGGUGAACACAUUACCAAGAUGGAAGAUAUCAUGUCCCAUCUGAAACAAGUAGCCACCGCCACACCACAACAGACUCUAACAAGUCAAUGGGCAAUGAAAACCUAUCAAAGAAUGAUUCACAUUUGUCCUCUAAACCUACAAAACAUAUUCCAUAUGUUUAAAGAAGAAAGAUUAAAAAGUAAAAAGUAA